AUGUUCAGGGCUAAAAUAACACCUAAGAAGUUCUUCCCAAAUAAUUUGAUCGCAUGGAAAAGCACUUUAAGGGGCGCAGAAAAAUCCCUUGAUUUGGACAACCGCGAUAUGCCAGAUAACUCAGUUGCAGGGGAUACUGAAUUUGCUGCUUCUAAGAGAGGAAGUUUCUUUCAAGAAGCGCCAAGGCUUGGAAAUCAAUUCAGUGGAGAUCUAUUUCUGCAAUCUUACUUGAAGAGACUCCUUCCAUAUGAGGUAAAGGAUAAUUAACAUGAACACAAUAAUGAUUGGUCUGCGAAAUUGUACAGCUUUAAUCUUUAACCCUUUAACCCCUAAUAGUGACUAGAAUCCAAAUUCUCCAUACAGUAUCACUCCUGAAUCACACAUUUAAGUCACGAGAAUAAGGGAAAUGAUAAAAAAUUAAAGAGUCUCCAGAUUGUUGAAGAAAUUCUUCUCGUCAACAACUCAGGAAAUCGUAGUUACUAAAACAAAAAAUGACCUAAAAUGACCUUCCAAGAGUGAUGUGUACAAUGACCUAAAAUAAAAAACAAAAGCUAAAAUAACCUUGACUGAUGUCUAAAACAACCAAAAAUGGCGUUUUAAGCUUAGCUAAAAAGUUCCACUAUAGUAGCUGGUAGUAGCACAAUGAUUUAAGGUGUUCUAAGUGAUCUAAAGUGGCAUACUAUCAGGUGAAACCGCAAAGGUAAGCACACCCAGCUCGCAUCAUUCAGUUCUCUUUUUCUGUUGUAUAUUGCUGUCAAUUACUAUUUAAAAUUGUUUCCGUAAAGUUUAAACGUCACUUUGCAUCAUUUUAGUCAGAGUAGGUUAUUUUUUAUCAUAUUAGGUCAAGGAUGGUCAAUACAUCAGGCAGGUUAUUUUAGGUAAUUUUAGGUUAUUGUAGACAUCACUUAAGGUCAUUUUAGAAAUCACUCAAGGUCAUUUUAGGUCAAUUUGGGUCAUUCCUUUUUUUAGUAACUAUGCUUAGGAAAUUUAUGAAGAACAGUUUGGAGAAUAUUCAAACUGAUGUCAGAGCGUAAAGGGUUAAUCUGCUCUUUUUAAAUCGUGUUUUUUCCUACGGGGAGCAUUGACUUUUUCCAUGUUAAUUGCUUGUAAAUUUUGUGAUUGUGUCCAGUGUUGGUGUUUUGACAGCUUGCACAAUUAAAAGAGUUUUAAACCUCACUUGUGUUAGUUAUCACAAAUUGGACUGUACUCUUUCUCAUGCAAUUUCCUCUUCCCAUAAGUAUCUAGAGAAUAUUCCAUAUGGCCACACAGGACUAUUAUAGUACAGCUAAUUCAUAUCACACAACAUCAAGUUGUUUUGUUGUAAGGGGUGAUAUGGUUAAGUGGGGGUUGUAUUCUGUAGUCUGUGUGAAAGAAGCCCCCAAGAGAUGACCUCUCCUCAGGUUGUUAAAACAAUCCUCACUUUUACUUAAGUGAAAAGCCCUUUUGAGAACUACUUGCACCUAAGAUGGAUCCCACUUUGCACAUAUCAUUCUACUAAAUACAUAUUAUCAAGGAGUUUGAUUUAUUUCAAUGAAGGUGGAUCGACAUCAUGAUUGCUAGGAAUGAUUAAUCUGUUGAACAUUCUUCAUAAUGGCAAAGGAGAUUCUGUAGACUUAAAUUAAAUAUAUGAAAGGUUUUUCUUAAUUUUGUUCACAAAGUUGCUCAAUGAAACUGGACUUAUUUAAACACAGGUUUUACAAGAAAUCUUUCCAGACUUACAGCACUUUGGUCACAGAGUGGCCACUGAUAUUUACUCGAUGGGAAGGGAAUGUGAGCUACAGCCACCAAAACUUGAACAAUUUGAUGCUUGGGGAAAAAGGGUGGACAAUAUUCAGACUUGCCAGGGGUGGAGACAGUUACAUGAUGUGUCAGCUGACGAAGGAUUGAUAUCCAUUCCUUAUGAAAGAAAGUAUGGACAGUGGAGGUAAAAAUGAGUUUCUGUUUUCAUAGAAAUUAUUCAAAGUCAGUUGAUUACACAAGUGCAUAGAACUGACAUGUUAUUUUUUAUCUGUGCAGGUAGCUAAAGGCAUCAUUAAAAGUUCAACAUUGUUAAUUUUUAUUUAUUCUUAGUCGUAUCUACCAAGCUGUGAAGCUGUUCAUGUUUUCUCCUUCUUCUGGUUUGUAUUCUUGUCCAUUGGCCCUGACAGAUGGAGCAGCUAAGAGUAUCGAGGUACAUGUACUGUGUUUAGAUUUGAAAUAAUGGUAUACAUAAGCCAGUUUGCCUAAUUUAAGCCCUAAGUAUUAAAGACACUUUGUUCUCUUCAGUGAAAUAAGGUUUUGGUGGAUUAACUGUGUGAGCUACAAUAGUUGUCAGUCAUUUUGCAAUGUUAUUCAUUAAUCAAUAGUUAACUGGCUGUGGUUAAGUAGUUUAAUUAGCUAAUGGGCCCAGCUUCAGUGAUGGAUGUGGUUGACUAGAAAGUUCAACAUGCACAGCCAUUUGGUUUAAUUGAAGAUGCCAUUUUUAACUUUCUUUCCUUUAUUCAUGAUGUAAAUUCUGUAGUUAAGCAUACUUGUUCUGAAUUACCCUUUUUAACUCAUGGUUCAUUCAGCACAAUUUUACAGUUUACAGUGUAUAACAAGCAGCCAGCGUUCCUUCAAAGAAAUUCAAUUUUCUUUUCUGUUCCAAAUUUGUUGGAGAUGGAAAAACAUUGUGACUUUGUUGUAAUUUCCCCCUAUAUUUUAACAUUCAGGUGUCAAAUAUGACAGAGAAACUUAGUGUUCUUAAGGAUGCCUACAGCCAUUUGACCAGCAGAGAUCCAAAGAAAUUCUGGACAUCUGGUCAGUGGAUGACUGAGAGGAAAGGGGGCUCAGAUGUAGGUAAGUCUAGAUUAUCUGCUGGAAUCAUUUUUUUAAAAUUAUUUUGUGUAAACUGAGAAUUUAAUUCUUCUUUCCCAGUGCUGCUGAUCUUUCCAUUAAUGAUGAUUUUGACCCUUUGCACCCUUACAUCAGUAUUCAUAUUCUCCAGUCUGUUCUCUUUACAUUUCCUAUGGUGCUGACAAGGAGAAUUUGAUUGACAAUCAGGAGUUUCUGAAAUUAGUGAUCAUUUCCUUUAUUCUUGUGACCUCGAUGUUUGAUUCAAGGGUGAUGCUGUUAUAAGUAAUUAGAAGCCAGUCACUCUUAAGGGUAAAGGGUCAAGUAUCAUGCCUCGACUCACAGUAGGCUGAUUAUUGCCACCCACUAUUAUUCAUUAUCCAAUCUACAUUCCUAUGUUAGUGGUGAUGAGUGUCUUUUUGCCUUGUAGCAAAUGGUACAGAGACGAUUGCUGUCCCUCAAGACGAUGUCACCUACAGACUUUAUGGUUAUAAGUGGUUCAGCUCAGCUACUGAUGCAGACAUGACACUCACUCUUGCGAGGGUCCAGAACCCUGAUGGAUCUACUGUACCUGUGAGUUGUUUCUUUCAUUAACGUUGCAACAGAUGUGGGCUCAAUUUGAUGUUUUAUCUUGGUCUUGCUCCAAAAGAUUUCCUCUUGGUUUUCUAGUCUACUCUUGAUAGAAGUAGAAAGAAAAUCAAAACUUGUGCCACUUUCUCAAGUCUAAUUUUAAUUUCUCCAUAUGUGCUAGGUGUGAAAAUCUUUUUAUUUCAACAUUGUAAUAAUUUGGAUUGUUAUUAAUCUGUACCAGGGCACCAAAGGCAUUACAAUGUUUUACAUGCAAACUCGCAAUGAAGAUGGCAAAUUAAACAAUAUUGAAGUCCAGGUAAAAUGAUAACUUGUUAUUCUUAGGAUAGAAUGCCACCACCAGCUGUUAGUGUUGGUGUAUUUUAAAGAAAAGUUAAAGUGAAAAUGGCCUUAUUUGCCCAGAAGUGGUCUAGGGUGGGGCUCAGGGGUUUGGUUAGGUUUUGAGGGAUUUUUCACUCCAGAUAACUUUUUAUUUUUAAAUUAAUCUCCAUAACAAGGCUUUAACAGAGAAAAUUGAACAACCAUGCCAACUUUAAUCCUUUCUUCUCAGUCUGUCCCUUCAGCAUCAUUAUCACAAAUUUUUAUGUUUUUGGAAGCAGCUUGUCUACCUAUUCUUUGGCUCUGUUACAAAUAGGUACAACAGUGCUGAUGUGCUGAUAUUACAUGCUGGCAAAGUUAAUUUGAUUUAAUAUUUAAUCCCAUAUUUUGCAGAGAUUGAAAAAUAAGUUGGGAACCAGGCAGCUUCCUACUGCUGAGCUUCUUCUUCAUGGAUCACAAGCCUACAAGGUAAGUUCAUUCACUUAUAUCCUCACCUUGGCCACAGCAAUACCUGCUCCAUUAUCAUACCAUAUUUUAUGGCCUUAACUCUUUGACUGCUUGCAUGAUUACAUUCUCUUAUGCAAAACCAACUUCAUUUUGCAAACAUUUUCAGAUGUCUGAUGAGGGUCGUGGAGUGCCUUGUAUAUCAGACAUGUUAACAAUCACUCGUUUUCACAACAGCAUUGUAGCUGCAGGUGUCAUGAGAAGGUGAGAGUGGUGAAAAAAGGAAUUUUGUUAAAAUUACAGUAGCUUUGUACAGCUAACAUUUCUGACAGAUAUUGUAAGUGGCCUCUCAUUUGACAUGCUGAGCGCUGAUUCAAUGUGUGGGUCUAACCCUAAAAGUCCCAUUAGUGACCAAGACAGAAUUUCUCCUUACACUGUCGGUACAAUAUCAAGUAGAAAAGUAAUGAGAAUAAAGAAAAAUAUCAAUUAGGGGAUUAUGGAUUGAUCCAAUUCUAAAUUCUCCAAACUAAUAUCAUAUGAAUUAUAUGGCAGACAGUAAGGACAGAAAGAAUGAGAAUUGGGAAUUAAAGGUUUAAAGUAUAUCUGUGUUAGGUUUUUGGCUGAGAUUCUUACUCUAAAAGUUCCUGUCUCUGCCCUGGAGUUAAAAUGGCUGGUUACAACCUGGAAGAGAAACUUGGCAAACAUAUUUUGGGGUGGGUGGGUGGGUAGGAGAGGGUGAAGAGGAGGUGAGUACUUUUAAUGCAGUGAAUUCGAUUAAUUCAAGUGGCUUGUAGUCAUACUAUAAACAUAAGCAUUUGUCUUUUAACCCCUCAAUCUGACCAGCAACUCAUUUCUCCUUACAGUACCACUGCUUAAUCAAAUAUUUAGGUCCUGAGAAAAAAAAAUGGAGAUGAUUGCCAAACACAAAUUCUCCUUGCCAGAACCUCAGGAUAAGGGUAGAAAACAGUUUGUAUGAAGCUAGAGUGCUUUCAUGACUUUAAAAAUCAGUGGACCAGCUUUGAACCUCACAAUAUUUUGUUUUAAGAUAAUAUUAGUUAACAAUUGACAUCCUUGGAUCCUUUUCAGAAUUAUGUCUCUAGCUCAGGAUUAUUGUUUGAGAAGAUCAGUGUUUGGUAAACUAUUGGUGGAACAUCCCCUUCAUAUGCAGACACUCGCUAAAAUAGAGGUAAUAAUACUUGGUGAUUUAUUUUCUUGGUCUUUGAACAAUUGUCAAUGUAAUUUUCGAAGUAAUCCAGAUGUGCAGUUGUUCAUUCCAAAUUUGCUCUAGGAAAUAUUAUCUGUUUUUUCCCCCCCAUAACCACAGAAAAAAUGUAAAUUUAAAGCCGAAAGUGAUCUAGUAGUGUUGUAAUUAAGUCUGAAUUUGGUCCCGAAAAGUUGCCAUGCCUUGUCAACCCAUGACUUUUAAAACUAAAACUGGUAGCAAAUUGGUUUACUUCAUCCUUUCUUCAUUAGGAAAAUAUUUAUUUGGGCUAUAAACCCAUGAAAAUAGCCACUAGGAUAGAAUAUAAAUGAUUAGAAAUUGUACACCUACGUCAUUAUUUACCUUCAAAGAAAGAGAGAAAGAUAUCAAGAUAACUUACCUCCUUUUUUUCGUCCUUGUACAGGUGGAGACCCGCGCGGCCUUCCUGCUCUCAAUGGAAGUUGCCCGUCUGCUUGGUAAACAGGAUUGCAACGAGGCAUCAGAUGUAGAGACACAGCUGUUGAGACUUCUUACUCCUAUCACAAAGCUGUACACUGCUAAACAGGUACGACCAUUGCUUCAAACAAAAAAUUGUGUGCAGGAUCAAAUUUGACAUUUGCUGUAAGGUGUGACUCGCUAUACAAGGAAGUUUGCGCAAGUUUUCUUUGCUCAAAAAUAUCUUAACAUUUGAGCUUGUCUAAAUUUGCACUAAAACCAAGGCUGUUAAUAGCAAAGGUGUAAUGUUUUUUUGCUUUUUUUCAGGCUAAUAUUGGUAAGUGUAAGGCGAGAGCUGUGAGGGCGCUAUCAUCGCGCACGACUUGCGACUGAAUAUGCGACAAAAAUACACCUGUUUUGCAGGCUAACUUCUAAGAUUGGAGUUACCAUAAGGCUUUUUUUAAAUGUAACCAAUGAAUUGCUCUAGUCGUAAAAUUAAUCUAAGAUUGGAGUUACCAAAAGCCUUUUUUUAAAUGUAACCAAUGAAUUGCUCAAGUCGUAAAAUUAAUCUAAGCCUUGAAUGGUUUAUACGUUAUGCAAAGCAGGUAACAACAUUUAUAAUAGGUACUCACGCUUCAGCGAUUUCGUCGAGGCGCACAUAACCCGAUACUCUCGCGCAUCGCUUCCAACUUGUAUCUGUUUGACUUCUACGCGAGGAAAUUGUUUCCUUAAUUCAGAGUGAGUGUUUCUAGAAAUUUAUUCAGUUUGUGAUUCUAAGAGAACACCUCAGUUAAGACCUCUAGAAUCAACCCUUUUGUCAAAGCUUAUUCAUUGUUUUUUAAAAGUCUCAUAACCUGAGCUUUGCCUUUUUACACAGGCCAUGCAGGUUACCUCAGAAGGUCUUGAGAGUUUUGGUGGUCAAGGAUACAUAGAAGACACAGGGUUACCAGGCUUGAUGAGGGAUGCUCAGGUACUGUGGCUUUUUGUUAGUAUUAGUUUAAAAAAAAAAAUGAUACCAAUUCUUCUUACUUGUUGACUGAAUUGCAGCUAACGUUAGUGAUGAGAACUUGGUUUCACAGCAGAAAACCGUUGCUGGUAAUAUACUAUUCUGUUACAUUCUUGAUCUUGCUGCAAACUGUACUCGAGUGCGAUUUGCGUACAAUCCAGUGAUUUUCUGAUUAUAUCAUUCUAGCCAAAUGAUCUGCCCUAAAACGUGAAUAUUCUACCACUAAAUUUAUUCGAAUUUGAUUUGCAAUAAACUACAAACCGAAAGCUACUAUAUGCAUUUAUAACCAGCAGGAAUACUACAGAUUGUCUAGAAGUGACAAAUAAAUGUUGUUUGCAUAUUUAGGCAAAAUUUCCUCUCAAUGAAGAUUAAUUGCAGCUUAUUAAAAUUAUUAACUUCGCUUAUGGAUAACUCGAUAGGCAACAUAUAAAACCAAAUAAGCCUUUGCUGUACUAUGUAUGGUUGUGUUCAUUGGAUGAGAACUUCAGCAAUUGAAUCUGAGUCAUCAUUUGCUGAACUUUUAAAAGGAUAGCACUUUUAAGUGAAUGUAGCUUUGAAGAUACUAGAUUUUUUAAUAUUUUCGGAUUUUUGUAGUAGCAAAUUCGAUCAAAUGUUAUAGUUGCUUCAAAAGUUGCUCAGACCCUUUCAGGGUUAGUCGUCAUUUAUGUUUUUCAAUCUAGUUUCUUAUCGCCCUUGGAGUGUUGGUAAGCAUUUACAUUGAGUGUCUUCUUAAGAGAUUAUUAAUUACCUUGGCGAUAUGUCUAAGACUUUUUAUCCAUUCCAGGCAUUUACAUUUGCAUCAGCUUGUUUGCUUAACAGUUUCAUUAAAACUAUAUGGAAAUACGCGAUUACUACUUAAAAUGGGGUGCGAUCAUUUAAAGAGAAAAUAAUAAUUUAGGAAACUGUCCCUGUAUUGUCGUAGUUUCAUUGUCUGGGUAGGUGCUGUUCGUAAAUGGGAAUGUAACACCUGAACAGUGCCUAGUACUCACACCGUUUUCUCCAUGAUGAGAUAGGAAACCUGUUAUUGAUGCACUUAAACAAUACCGUGUGUUUCCCUUUAAAAGUGCUUUUUGGCCAAAGAACAUUUCGAUGCCGUAAUAAUCAAAGCCAUUGCCUUGCAACUUUUUCGGUGCAACUGCCUCAAUUUUUAAAGAAACCAAAGCUGAACCAAGGGGUAAGUUUCUAAAGAAACUGUGGUGCUGCGUCGGUGGGAGAGUAUAGCAGGUAAUUUAGUGUUAACAACUGGGUUGAAAACGUAAAUUAGCCACCGUAAAGGGUAAAAAAGCUGACGUUUCGAGCGUUAGCCCUUCGUCAGACCUAUCGCUCUGACAGAGCGAUAGGUCUGACGAAGGGCUAACGCUCGAAACGUCAGCUUUUUUACCCUUUACGGUGGCUAAUUUACGUUUUCAACCCAGUUGUUAACACUAAAUUACCUGCAAAGCUGAACCAGUUUGUUGAUUCAAAAGUGUCAAGUCUACCGAGUAAGUAUAGUUCUUGUUGCCAAACAAACGCACUCCAUGUUAUGAUUUAACGCAGUACUCUUGUCCUCAGAGAAUUUGAGAACAUGUCUACUCCCGCUGCUAUAAUACCAACCAGUUGACAUAUUCUUAAAUCUACAACAUUGUUGGAUUUCACUGUUAUACCGAUAGGCUCUUUUUGUCUCAGGGAAAUCCUGCUGGAGAGCUGGAUAUGGAAUUCAGGUGUCUGAUAAGGCUGACGAUUUCCUCCUUUGUGAGGAUAUCACCGGCUAAAACCUUACUUGCGAAAUCUUUCUGUGUCAUCGUUGGGAAGCGUACUCCUUUGACAAUUCCUUCUCCAAUUAUUCUUCCUUUUGCUCCGCCAUCAGCCUUUAAGUUUUGCCUUUCACAUUUCUUAGUGUCCCACAAGUCCACAGCUUCAAACAGAUCUAUCUCUUUCUUAAAACUACUGCUUCAAGUAAGGUCCUCUCAAUUGUCGCGAAUACUUCAGAUUUCACAGCUUCCUCUGUCUUUUCGUCGAUCAUUUUCCAGCAUCCUUCCACCGGGUCUUUUUCUUCAUAUUUCUGAGCGGAAGGAAGAAUACUAAAAACAGUGGAUGGAUCUAUGUUCUUUUCUUCCGCUAGUGAAGGCAUCAUGUAUUUCUUAGCCAAAUACAACACUCCCAUGACAUUACUUCCGCUUAAGUUCACUUCAUCGCUGUACAUGUAGCGAAACAACUCCAAAAUACUCUCGUACUCACAGUCAGGCAGUUCAAUAGAGUCUUUAGUCUCCGCCAACUCACCGUGAAACAUGGCCUCAAACACAGGACUGCUGAUAGACAGCACGAACAUGUGAGCAGGAAUCACUUGUUUACCUUCGCUUUCACCAUCCAUCUUGCGAACAACAAACCUGAUAUCGCUGAGGCGAUCGUUGUUGAAAAAAAAUUUGGUUCUCUCUUUGAUGGUUGGUCUUGUCAUUUGCCAGUUUUCUUCUCCGACAGACAUGGCUUCUGUUGUGAGAUGGGCGGUGAAUCAAGGAAAAAUUUAUCUGUCGGCUGUAUCAAUUCGAUUUAUAAAUCGGGUGGAAACCGAGACAGUGGUAAUUUAGGAAAUUUGAAGAUAAAAUAACAUCAUACACGACAGAAUUUUCACCCCUAGUUCUCCGUACGUCAGCGCGGGGGCCAGCGUGACGGAAAACACAUCAAUGAAAAAUGACUUUGUCUUACAACCUACAUUCGGGCCUGCAAACACAGGGCUUCUUUAUCCUUUUCCUUUAAUUGAAGCUGAGAACUCUCUAUUGAGAAAAAGGAUGAACGUUUUCAGUGGAAAGGGAAAUUACGCCUAUAUAGGAAGCAACACCUGACCAUUCACUCUGACGAAGGAUUAACGCCCGAAACGUCAGCUUAAGAAACUCUUUACGGUUGCCAAUUUACAUAAUCAACUCAGUUUAUUAAACUAAAUUACCCUGUUAUAUUCUCCCACCGACGCAGUACCACAGUUUCUUUAGAAACUCACUCCCUUUGUAUAUAGGAUCAAUUCACUUAGUGGCUCCCGUAUUCGGUGAGCUGCCUAGUAGCCUGCCAGAAAAAAAAAACCUUUGUUGCUCACAUUUGGAAAACCACUCACGAGGAAGAUGAUCAUUUGAUUUGCACUUUUCAUUUACACUUUUCAAAUACAUUUAUAACAUAGCUAGUAAAUUUGUCUAAUCAAAUUCAAUUGCGUGAGCGUGCUUCAUAUUGCUAUUGUGCACGCUCAUGACGUCAGCAAAUAAAUCCCUCGAGAAAACAAAUUUUCUCUGCGAUUUUUUACUUUGGGAUUUUGCUAUUAAAAAACUGGUUAAGACUUCUGCGGCAAUUUAAGUUAAACAUGGAAACAAAAUCGUUUACAGCGUAGCGAAAUGUUUUUCUGAAACAAAAUUAUCAACGCGCUGAAGCGUAGCUGAGGGAAUAUUAAACUGUAUAUGCUUUUAUGCUGCAUCAAAAUUUUUUUACCAUAAACACUAAAAAGGUGUUCCUCAUCUGUUAAAAUAAAAUUUUUGUACGCCCAUCCAUGUCGUUUUGAAACACCGUUCAAGAAGCUGGUUCCAAAAUUAUUUGACUUUGUGUGAAAAUGAUCUGAAAUGAAGGUGUCUCUCUCAAAUAUCUAAGGCUCAGUUAUUUUUUUAUGAUUAACCAUGACCCACACUCGAAGUCCAUCACUUUCAAGGCCUUGAAAAUGAUAUUUGUGUUGUUCCAAGACUAAGAUUUAGAAUUAAAGCGUAUCAUUGAACUUUGAGGUAACAGCUGAAAAUCGUUGCAUGACAGAAAAAUUUUUAAAAAGCAACAGCUCGGUGAGUUGAGUCACUGAUACAGCGAUUCCAGGCAGUACUUUUACUCUUGAUUUACAGCGAAAAAUGUUUCAAAGCUAAAAUGUUCAAUAAUAUGAUAAACAUGUCUGUGUCCUGUUUCCCUUGUUUAGUCAUAGCCCUCAUAAAUUCCCCCCCCUUCUUUGCGCUCGGUCGUGUGCACCUGUUCUCCACAAGCAAUCCAUUUUAUCCUGUUACACAAGCCAUGUACUCAUUUCUGUUACGACUAACUAGUGAUUAUUGUAGAGAAAACAAUAAUUCUGGAAAUUGACCGCACAUGGUGCUUGUUCCAUUUGUUGAGGAUUCAUUGUUGGUGAAAGUGAAUGUUACACCUGCACAUUGAAUUGAGCCAACACAACCAAUUCCUUGGCACGUAGGAGGACCUGAUAUCAGAGCACUUAUAGCGUAGGAAGUGUUUCUCUUUAUGUUAAUUUGCUGGUCGAAAUAAACCUCAAAACCUUGGUAGCUGCAUUUCUCGCACUGCAACAACUCUGAUGGAAAGGAUGCAGUUUUGGUGGCUAGAACUGAUUUACUUGUGUUGUCUAUCACCUCUAAGGUAACUGGGUAAGUUUGAUUUUCGUUACCAAAGAAGCUUAUCGCGUGUAACGCCACAUCCUUGUCCACAGAGAAGUUAAAACAAUCUCUGCGAUUGGGAUAAUUCCAUGGGUUGUCUGACUUUAAGCCCAGUCUGCAGCAUCGUUUAAUAUCACCAAACCUCUUUGCCUUGGAAAAGCCUUCUACAGACUUGGUGAUGGAAUUAAAAUAUUUGAAGAUACUGAUAAUCUCGUGUUUUGUUAAAAUGUCACUGUCAAGCACCGCACCUGCAAAGUCUGCCUCCUUCAUUGUUGGGAAGCGUAUGGCUUUGACAAUUUGUUCUCCAAGAAUUCUUCUUUUCGUGUCACCAUGUGCCUCUAUACCUUGUCUCUCACAUUCCUUUGUGGCCCACAGGUCAACAGCUUUAAAGAGAUCUAUCUCAUCGACUGAUAGAUUGUCUCUAAUGAUUACCUCGUUAAGUAAGGACCUCUGAAUUGUCGCAAAUUCAUCCGUUCUUAAAGCUUCCUUUGUCUUUUCGUCGAUCAGUUUCCAGCAUUGUUCCACCAGGUCUUUCUCUUGAUAUUUCUGUAUGGAUGGAAGGAUGCUGAAAACAUUGGAUGGAUCCAAGUUCUUUAGAAGAUAUUUGGAGCACUCCUCGGCGAGUGACGGCACCAUGUAUUUCUUUGCUAAAUAUAAUACUCUCAUCACGUUACUUCCAUUCAAAGCCACCUCAUCGCUGUAUAUGUAACGAAACAACUCCAAGAGACUCUCGUACUCACAGUCAGGCAGUUCAAUAGAGUGUUUAGUCUCCGGCAACUCGCCGUAAAACAUGGCUUCAAACACAGGGCUACCGAUGGACAGAACCAACUUGUGAGCAGGAAUCACGUGUUUACUUUCGCGUUCAUCGUCCAUCUUCCGAACAACGAAGUUGACAUCGCUGAAACGUUCGUUGUUGAAAACGAACUUAGUUCUUUCUCUGAUAGUUGGUCGUGUUGUUUGCCAAUUGUCUUCGGUGAGAGACAUGAUAGCUGCUUCUGGCUUUAGAGACAGGGACAAUUCGCUUUAGUUAGCAAGGUAGAGAAGUUUUUAUAUUGGCGGAGCACGAGGAGAAGACAGCAGGGGGUAACUCCCAAAAUUUAAAUAUAAAUGGUCACAUAUUAAUGUAUUCUUUUAUUUGUUUAUUAACCGAGAAAACCUCAUAUUGGUUGUGUGAGUUACUCGCUCCCUCCAAGAUUCAGGCUGCGCAAAAAUGUACCUGAUUUUUACCCCCAGAGUACAGUGGUCCACAAUAAAACCACUUAAAUCACCAAUGACAUUUUGCCCUUUUACUCCGUUCACAUUAAUUAGUGACACGUAACGUUACGCAUGCAAAUAUUAACGAGGUUGCCUCGGGGCAUGAAUAUAUUGGAAGCAUUUCCGGUAGCAGUCACGAAUGGGCACAAAGGUUGUUUAAUACGCAGAGAGCCUAAUAAUAUAUGCAUUGGUGUUGCUUAAAGAAGUUUCUGUAUGCGUUUCUAUCUGUAACGUAAUUGUUUAGUAUUCGUUAAGAAUAUCUGUAUGUGAGUUAGAAACUGCGGUCCGGAGAGGAAACAUUAUUCCUACGCUGGAAAUUGUGGACAGAAUUUGAAUUUCUUGACUUAUAUAAUGUUAUCUAAGAAUGUCGUGAAAAUUUUGCGGACAGUUAAUUGACUGGCGGUUUUUUUUGUGCCUUGCGGGAACAUAUUUUUGCGAUUUCCUACUCGAGCAUGAGAAUAAAUCACGGUAACAACACGAAAUCAGUGAAGUAUGACCUACGAAGGUUAUGUUGAACUGAAUUUCUUCUUUCAAGCGUGAUUCUUGCCGUGCACUACUUAAAAGACGGAAAACAAAAUUUAUGAUGAUGACUAAAAUAAUUUUAGUUAUAGUUAUGGUAAUGAUCAUAAAAUCGGUAAAAGGCCUGUAGAAAGUUGUUUAACAACUUAAAGGUGAUACAUAGAAUUUGUUUUCGUGAUGUUGUGAUUUCGGAAAGGUUCUUAAAAUGGUGACAAAAAAACAUAGUUUGUACCCAAAUUGUAACAGCGGUCAAGAGCAACUGUUAAAUAUGAACAGUUCACCGAAAAUGUAACCUCGAACGUAUUUUUCCGGGGAUUGCUCCUCUCUGAAGUGCAAGCCUUUGUUAUACAACCAAAAGGAAACUCGAUGCGUAUAGUGAUUGUAGAUUGAAUCCCAAAAAAGUUGAAAUGAUGACAAAGCAAAAAAUGAGAGUUGGGUGAAAACUGAACGACCUUUAUUUACUUGCCCAGUCUUUUCUUUUCCAACUACCCAAAUCAUCCUUUAUUCCGUUUUGAAUUCGUAAAUGGCAGCCAUUUUACAAAGCCGUAGCAUUAAAUGGUACCCUGAUGGAAUUCUCCAAUAAACCAUUUUGAGGUGCAACUUUCUGGGAAUUCCUUCGCUAACAAGGCUCGCACUUAGCUUCACCUGGGAAAGGUUGUUGUGAAAUAGGAUUUACAAAAAAUGAAUUUUCUCGUUCAAUUUAACAGCUCUCUUGUGGACUCUUCUGGGAUGGUAAACGGCUCAUGAUUUUAAAAGGGAUGAGUAAAUAAAAAAAAAAAAAAGAAUAAAAAAGACAUAUCUUGUUACGGUAUAAUCUAACCGACAGAAAAACACUACAAUCCCACAAACUCAACAACUUUAUUAAACAACGAGUGAUAUUCUUAAUAAGGAGCGACUCCUAAAAAGAAAGACAAUACUUGUGGUUAAUAAACUUAAUUAAGCCCACCACAGUCUAUAUCCUGGCUCUCCACUAACACAAUCUAACUGCUGUCUCCAAAGUUCCUUGAAAUGAGCAAUCUUCCACAGUAAAUCUCUCCUUAAAUCAGUCGUUGCUCCGACAACAACAACUACACUUACUACUGCAUACGUGAGUCUAUUUAACAAAUAGAUUCCAAGUUGCCGUGCGUCUGUUCAGUAAUAGAUCACAGAUGACGUCAAAAUGUGGUAAGAACAAAAAAGUGGCACACGAGGCGCAGCCGAGUGUGUCACUGAUGUGACACAUUAGAACAUCGACAGGAGGAGCGGUUUUGUUCGAGAUAAAAGUCAUAAGCUGGAACCUUGAUGAGUCACGAUUUUUUUCAAGGGAACGGCUUGAUUGGGGAAAUGAUCUAAGGCACCAAGAAUUGUUGACUGUGAUCGUGUUUUUGAGUAAAUGUAAGAACGACUGAUUUACCUUACGGGUUAUGCAACACAGCUUUUGAAAAUCAAAUUCACUAGCUAAUUAAGGGCAAUAUAUACCCAAAAUUUUACAUGUUUUAUUGAGAAUAUUCUCUUCACAGACUAAUCAAGUAGAAAAAUCGAGAUGCACUAAAUAAGACAGUAAGGAUGGUUGUUAGCCAUUAUUGCCUCCAAAGUAACUUUAAAAAGGUACAUCCAAUGAUUGUCUGUAAAGAUGAAAUGUGAAAUGUUAAGCGCAAUACAAAACUGUUAUUAACACCGGAACUGUAAGCUCAAGAUUUGGAUUUAAAAAUGUUAGAGUUAGAUAAAUGAAACAAGUAGCAAUCCUUGAGAUAUUCUAUUAAUUAAAAGUCAUUAACUGAAUAUUUUCUCUCAGUACUCAUGCGCCUUUGGCCCUAAGAAGUUCUAUUAUAGGCAAAAUUUCUGUUGAUUUAACGAUCAUUAUAAAUCACCGUCUUCGAACGUGGUAUUGGCUCCAUUGUGAUGCUCCUGAUUUGGUAGUUUCCUCUGAUACUUUGAAAAAAAAAAACGAAAAGGGUAAAUGAUGGGAAGAAAGUGGUAUAGAGAAUUUUUGUCAUGGGCGUGGAGAAAACGAAAAAAUCUGGGUUUCCCAAUACCCAUCAGAUGCUUAAUAGCCAAGUUCUAUGUUACUAUUCACUGAUUAUUUAAGACAAAAGAGUAGUUCGGGAAACUGUCCCAAACAAACAAUACUUCCAUUAUUAUUUAGGAUGUCACUGUUCAUGAAUGUGAAUGUUACCCCUGGACACUGAACAGAACUGACACCGUUCAUUCCUUUCUUUGAAAUAGGACCCGUUAUUACAGCACUUAAACGGUACCGGGUGUUUUUCUUUAAAAUGAUUUUUGUGCUGAAAAUCAAUUCAAAACCGUUGUAACUGUAUGUUUCGGCAUGCAAUUGUUUUGUUUGUAUUGGUCCAGUUUUUAAAGACAUCAACACUGUCGCAGGUUUAAGCAUCUUCAGGUUGAAGUCUACACAGUAGGUGCUGUCCGGUUUACCAAAGAAGCGUACUCCAUAUAAGGAAGUGUCUUCGUCUGUAGCGAAAUCGAUGACAUCUGGUUUGCCACUGUAAUUCCAUCUAUCAUGAGGUGGUGAGGUAAAUCUACCACAUCCUUGAAUUUUCCCAGUAGAACCAGAUCUUGCUAUUUCGGAAAAUCCCGCUGGAGACUUGGAGACAGAACUUAUGUGUCUGGUAAGACUAACAAUUUCGGCUUUUGUAAGAAUAUCACUGAGUAAAACAACACUCACAAAAUCUUCCAGACUCAUUGUUGGGAAGCGUAUUGCCUUCACUGCUUUUUCUCCAAGAAUUCUUCUUUUUGUGUCACCAUCUGCCUUUAAACCUUGUCUCUCACAUUCUUUUGUGGCCCAUAAGUCAACAGCUUUAAAAAGAUCUAUCUCUUCAAUCGCCAGAGUGUCUUUUACGAGUAUUGCCUCAAGUAAUGACCUCUGAAUUGUCGCAAAUCCAUCCGAUUUCGCUGCUUGUUCCGUCUGGUCAUCGAUCACUUUCCAGCAUCGUUCCACCAGGUCUUUCUCUUCAUAUUUCUGAGCAGAAGGAAGGAUACUGAAAACAUUGGAUGGAUCCAAGUUCGUCAGUAGAUAUUCCGAGCACUUCUCAGCUAGUGACGGCACCAUGUAUUUCUUUGCCAAAUACAACACUCCCAUGAUAUUGCUUCCGCUCAAGUUCGCUUCAUCGCUGUACAUGAAACGAAAAAACUCCAAGAGACUCUCGUAUUCACAGUCAGGCAGUUCAAUAAAGUCUUUAGUCUCCGCCAACUCACCGUAAAACAUAGCUUCAAACACAGGACUGCUGAUGGACAGCACGAACUUGUGAGCAGGAAUCACUUGUUUACUUUCGCUUUCACCAUCCGUCUUACGAACAACGAACUUGAUAUCGCUGAGGCGAUCGUUGUUAAAAACAAAUUUGGCUCUCUCUCUAAUGGUUGGUCUUGUCGUUUGCCAGUUUUCGUCUCCGACAGACAUGGCUUCUGUUGUGAGAUCUGCGGUGAAUCAAGGAAAAAUUUAUCUGUCGGCUGUAUCAAUUCGAGUAUAAAUCAGAUGGAAAACGAGACAGCGGUAUUUUUGAAAUUUGAAUAUAAAAUAACAUUACACGCGAAGUUGUCACGGCUGAAGCGUGACUGAGUCUCGAUUGAAUUUUCACCCCCAGUCCUCUGUACGUCAGCGCGGGGACCAGCGUCACGGAAAAAACACAUCAAUGAAAAAUAACUUUGUCUCGCAACCUACAUUCGGGCCUGCGAACACUGGGCUUCUUUCUCCUUUUCAUUUAACUGGAGCUGAUAACUCUUUAUGGAGUGAAAGGAUGAACGUUUUCAGUGGAAAGGGAAAUUACACCUAUAUAGGAAGCAACUCCUUAUCAUUCGCUUUGACGGAGAGCUGAUGCCCGAAAUGUCAGCUUAAGAAACUCUUUAGGGUUGCCAAUUAACAAAAUCAACUCAGUUGAUUAAAUUAAAUUACCCUGUUAUACUCUCCAACCGACGCAGCGCCACAGUUUCUUUAGAAACGUACCCUUUUGAACGUGUGAUCAAUUAACUCAAAGGCUCGCGUGUUCAGUCAGCUACCUAGCCUGCCAGAAAAAAGCCUUUGUUGAUCACAUUUGGGAAACCACUCACAAGGAAAAUGAGCAGUUGACUUGCACUUUUCAUUUAUUCAUUAAGUACAUGUGACUUGGCAGUCUUCACUGAUGAACAUCAAGUGAAGCUAAACAGGGAAAACAGGACACAGAUAUGUAUAUCAUAUUAUUGAACACUUUAGUCUUAAAACAUUUUUCGCGGUAAAUCAAGAGUAAAAGUACUGCCUGGAAUCGCUGUAACAGUGACUCAACUCACCUAGCUGUUGCUUUUUAAACAUUUUUCUGUCAUACUGUUACCUCAGAGCUCAAUGAUAUGCUUUAAUUCUAAAUCUUAGUCCUGGAACAACACAAAUAUCAUUUCCAAGGCCUUGAAAGUGAUGGACUUCGAGUGUGGGUCGUGGCUAGUCAUGAAAAGUUACGAGCCUUAGAUAUUUGAGAAAAAGAUUCCUUCAUUUCAAAUCAUUUUCACACAAAGGUAAAUAAUUUUGGAACAAGCUUCUUGAACGGUGUUUCAAAAUGACAUGGAUGGGCGUACAAAAAUGUUAUUUUGACAGAUGAGGAACACUUUUUAGUGUUUAUAGUAAAAUAUUGAGACGCAGCGUAAAAGCAUAUACAGUUUUAAGACAUUGUUGCCAUCAUAAUGUAACAUUCCAUUUUUAGACCCCGAGAGAGGCGUUAAGCUAAGUGUAAGUUUCAGCGAUUAUCUGUAUAUGGUUGCCGUUAAUUUUCCUAGACACUCUAUCUUUUAUCUUUCAUAGCCGAAAUGCGAGGGUGGGAAGGGUGGGUGAGAGGAAAACUUUUCCCGGUUCUCCCUUUGUUUACGUUUUUCUUGGCCCUUUUUACCUUUAUUGUCAGCCCUCAAAAACUUUCCCUCCCCCCCCCCCCCUGCGCACCUGUUUUCCACAAGCAAUAAAUUUUAUCCUCUUGCAUAUUCAGUGUUACACUAGCCGUGUUGUCAUUUCUGUUACGACUAACUAGUGAUUAUUGUAGAGAAAACAACAAUUCUGGAAAUUGACCGCACACGGUGCUUGUUCCAUUUGUUGAGGAUUCAUUGUUGGUGAAAGUGAAUGUCACACCUGCACAUUGAAUUGAGCCAACACAACCAAUUCCUUGGCACGUAGGAGGACCUGAUAUCAGAACACUUAUAGCAUAGGAGGUGUUUCUCUUUAUGUUAAUUUGCUGGUCGAAAUAAACCUCAAAACCUUGGUAGCUGCAUUUCUGUACAUGUAACGAGACAACUCCAAGAGACUCUCGUACGCACAAUCAGGCAGUUCAAUAGAGUUUUUAGUCUUCGCCAACUCACCGUAAAACAUGGCCUCAAACACAGGACUGCUGAUAGACAGCACGAACUUGUGAGCAGGAAUUACUUGUUUACUUUCGCUCUAACCAUCCAUCUUGCGAACAACGAAUUGAUAUCGCUGCAGCGAUUGUUGUUGAAAACAAACUUGGUUCGCUGUCUGAUGGUUGGUCUCUUUGUUUGCCAGUUGUCCUCGACGAAAGACAUGAUUCCUGAUCGUGGCUUUAAAGCGGAGCUUCUUUUUCCCGCAACUUUGCAAGGCGUUGCAGAUUUCAGUAUGAAUGGGUGGCAACUCGAGACAGCGGCAGCUUACAUGAAAUGAACACCUAUUAACUGACCUUGAAGUUAUUAUUAUAAACAAAGAGCCUUUCUAUAUUUGCGUUGCUAAAAUACCGUGGCAGUUCUCAUACAUUGCGCUAUGUCACGUGAAUUUCAUGUCCUCGCGAAGAAAAUUUGAACGUUGGUUAGUGAUUCUUCUUCACCGGACUGCCGCCGGAAAACUAUUCUCGUUUGCCCCCGUUGUGAGCCCUUUCGUCUGCCGAUUAAUUUUUGCAAAAUUUCACAGAAUCUGAAUUAAGUUAUGUCUAGAAAAGUGAUCCUAGAAUCUCGAGAUAAUCGUAUUGCGUGAAAAGUUUUCCAAAGUUGUAUUGACCGGCGAUUUUUUGUGUUUUGCGCAAACAAUUUUAAGAGCCUGCAUAUUCAAGUAAGAGAUUUCGCUUAUUAGUUCUAGAACGCAAGAUGUUCUAGUUUUCUCUUCUUUAGUUCAAGGACCCUCAAGAGUUUUCUUGGUUACCUGGUAAUCUGCUACUCAAUCAACUGAUGUAGAAGAAAGUGUAUCCCCAACAUCUUUUGAAUUUUUCUCAUUUAGGUUUUGCCCAUCUGGGAAGGAACGACGAAUGUAUUGUCAUUAGAUGUACUUCGAUCAAUUUCUAAAAGUCAAGGGCAGGUAAUUUUAAUUGUUUACCUAAAAUGUGGCAUAGUUAAUAUCAGUAGUUAAUGUUACCUUUUAUACCAAUUUUGUUUUUACGAUUCUUGAGCUUGGUAAUUGUGCCAUAAACCUUAGGCAUUGUGCUAAACCCUCCAAGAAGGAAAAGCGUUUGUAAAGAAAUUAUGCCUUCGUGCAAUGAUUCGUGAAAUCUUCUGUGCCUUAAAGCAUUUUGCAGCCCUAAUUUGGCUUUAGCGUGAGUUGACAAAAAGUUUUGAAAUUUUUUUUCUGGUUUUGUACCUGUUCACGUAUUGUACACCCCUCUUUAUAUUUUCACUGUUUAACUGGAAAAAUUGUUGCUACAACCAUUUAUUACCGUGGUCAGAAAGAGACUUAUUAGAUACGAUGAGUUGCCUAAACUAAAGGGCAUUCACUCUACGAAGGCUCGAAUCCUAACUUCUCAAAAAGUUAUCUAGGCGGUAACCGUCACCAAGUCAACAAAUAUCCUACUGUUUGGUUCAUGAUUUCAAGUCUUUGUUAAGCUCAGAUUUUAUGCACUUAAACAUUCGGAAACAUGUUCUCUUUUCUUAUCAUAAUGCAGGUACUGAAGGCUUUUCACGCGGAUGUUUCCAACAAGUUAUCUAGGGCGUGUGCGUUUCGUCCAGCCCUGAAGGUUAUAAAGGAAAAAGUACAAUCCUCCAUGAAUACCUUGCUAUCUCCAAAAAACUACGAGCUUCUCUCUGAUUCAUUACCUGCACGGGAUGUCGCCUUCAGCCUGGCAAGAAUUUACAUGGGUAUUACGUUGAUGAUACUGUUUUGUUUAGAAAUUUUUGAAUGAAUUGUUGUUCAGUACGGUCGCAAAAAUUGUGUGGUCGGCGUCUGAGGAUGUGGGAGAAGGGAGGGAGAGUUAAAAGCGUGAAGUGUAAUACUGGAAUCAGGGAAGGAACAAUCCAAUUCGUCUCCGCUCUCCCACCCCCUUCCCCCCCUCCCCCAACAACAUGAUCCCCCCGGACUGGUGCGCAUAUUCGGUCACUUUCUAGAUCGUUUUUAAGAUCUCGCCUUAAACCAUUCCUUUUUCUUUUAUCAGCGUCCCUAUUGAUAGAGCAUGCUUCCUGGGAAGAGGCUGAAGAACAGGACGUGGAAGCUGCCAAAAGGUAAGUUCAGAAGAAGAAGCGAGCAUACACGAACGAUCUGCGUGAGCUAAUGUUCCCGUCGUUUGCAACUCUUUUCGUUAAAUUAUGAAUAAUACACCAUGUAAUUUCUGUCCUCAAGUUCUUUCUUGAAGACAUUUUAUAUGUCAGGUGUUGCACUCCUAAUUAGCACGACCAUGCGCUCAUCCGAUAUGUCAUCGGGUAGAAUGAGUGGUCAUUAUUCAUUAUGCAUGAUCACCUAAACGGGAAAUUUGAAAGCGAGCGUGCUUUGAAAACCCCAGAACGAUAUAAGAAAGGGCCGAGUGGGCAGAGAAAACUUGCUCGUGUGACUUCAAAUAACUGCUCACCAACACUUUUACCUACAGCUUUUUGUAGAAAAUGAGAUAUCUACAAUGAUAGACAAAAACGAAGAAUUUUUUUCUAGUGCAAGGUCUAUCCAUUUGCGCUAGUAAAUGAACAUAAAACAGCCAUUGUUUUGUAUGGAAGCCGAACUCGAAAGAAACUUUCUCGAAACUGGAAUAGACGCUUCCAAAGUGACUUUAAAAGUGGUAUCUAAUUUUUGAAAUUCACUGCUUUCGAGUCCCAUUUGAACCAAGCUUAGCAAGAGCAGAAACGCACAAAACACUCGUACUAAAGGCACGUUCAAUUUUUUAGGUGGUGUCAGCAAGACUUGACCCCAGUUCUCACUCAACUCAGACACAACGCAUACGACGCGAAAAGCUCCGCCUGUGACCUGGCGUUAGUUAUGAAGGGACAUUCAGAUUUCACAAGAACAUGAUACUUGACGGUCGUUUGCAAAGCCUUACACAGCAACAGGCUUGAAAUAGGCCUCAGCUGCUUGUCAGGGAAUUUCACUCACUAAUUGCUAAGAAAACACGAUUUUUGAAGUGUUUGUUGUAGUUAGAGAGACAGAGACUUAAAAUAAGCAAAAUUAUACGUUUAAGACAGAAACAGAAUGCACGCCAAAGCGGGUGUCGUGGUGACGUUUGGUCUUUUAUGCUCUUCGAAAAAGACGCAGAUUUAAUCCAUCCAGUCAGGUGGUCAGCAGUUUCGGCCUAAGCAGGCCUUGUCGCCGUGACAUAGCUGAUCAGCCAAUGAUCAAGGCACUUAAUAAAUAUUGUAUGGUAUAUGCAGUCAAUAUUUUAAUCCAUUCGCAUCCUUCCCUACAUGUGUCUCUCCACACCAACUGUAGAUAUCGUUAUUGCCUCAUUAAAUUCUCU